AUGACGUUCCCGACGAAUGGGGCGCUGGCGGGCGGCUUUUACGGCCAGGGCAUCUACCUCGCGGAGGACCCGUCCUACCCGAUCGGCGGCCGGUAUGCGCACCGCGUCUCCGGCUCGGGCGGGAGUCGCGUGCAGCUGCUCAUCGUGAAGGCCGCCCUCGGCUCGCAGCAAGAGAUGGGGCAGCAGAUUAGCGCGGAGACGAGGGCGAUGCGCAUGCGGACCGUGCGCGGCGGGCCGCACCGCCCCUUCCUCUCCGGCGGAGGCGAGAACGGGUGCGACGCCUCCAUCGUGCACGUGGUGUACGAGUCGCGCCAGAUGUACCCGGCGUACGUGAUCGAGGUCGAGAUGGAGAUGGGGGCCGAGGUGGUGGCGGCCGUGCGCAAGAACUCGGCGGAGGGGAGUGCGAGCGCCGGCCCGGCACCCAAGCGGCAGCGCCACGCUGCGCCGAGCGGCGGCGGCGGCGGCGGCGGCGGCGGCGGCUCCAGCGGCGGCGGCUCCAGCGGCGGCGGCUCCAGCCAUUCUGCUGCUUAUGUCCCCGCUGCUGCGCCACCGAGCGUUGCGGAGGUGCGGGCGAUGGGCGUGGCGGCGGCGGUGGCGGCGCUGCGGGCGCACGCGUCGGUCAGUCGCGUCGCGCUUGUGGCCUGCGGGCGGUUGGCUGAGCUGUGCUUAGAGGCACAGAACAGGCAACCUGCGGCGGAUACGGGCGCGAUCGAGGCGAUCGUGGCGGCGCUGCAGGCUCACCCGCAGGUGGUGGGUGUGCAGCAGAAUGGCUGCGGGGCGAUGGCCAACGCGCACCCAGAGGUGGCGGGUGUGCAGGAGGAAUGCUGCCGGGUAGUGGGCAGCGUGUGCUUUGGCACCGACGCCGCAGGAAUCGCACGCAAACAGCGCGCAGCAGGCGCGGGCGCGAUGGAGUUG